UUCACUCCGGUGGUGGUUCCGGUUCCAAGAGAGUUCUAAACUUCAUGAACAUGACGCCUCGUUUGGCUUCACCAGCCCUCAGCUAAUAUUUAGACUUUUAAGACAGAGUUGUCUCACUGAGGAAGCUCCAGCUCACGUGCAGGCUGCUCAUAACUCAACUGCACAGGAAACGUUUGUUGUGAUUUCAGUCCCGGGGAGGAGCAGUCGAAGUAAAACCUCUGGGACUUUGCUUCAGACGCCAUUUCAACUGCGCAGUAAAAGGACAAAAUGUUUUCUCUCGGUCACUGGACUGAACACAGAUCCACAUCAGACAUCCUCCAGGAAACAUGAAGGAGAUUUUGCUCUAAAUAUGAUGCUUUCCGUGGAGCAGUGAUAAAAUGACUGAAGUACAGCAGAAGGGUGAUUGUGUGGAGGAAGACGAGGACAGAGCAGAGUCUCCAGGACCCAGCUGUCUGUCUGUGAAGAGUGAAGAGUCUAUGGGACACCCUUUAACCUUCAGUCAUGAACAUGGAGCCUCAGAGACAAAAGGUCAGAACCAGAGACGGGGAGCAGAGUCUCCAAGACCCAGCUGUCUGUCUGUGAAGAGUGAAGAGUCUAUGGGACACCCUUUAACCUUCAGUCAUGAACCUGGAGCCUCAGAGACAAAAGGUCAGAACCAGCGACGGGGAGCAGAGUCUCCAGGACCCAGCGGUCUGUCUGUGAAGAGUGAAGAGUCUAUGGGACACCCUUUAACCUUCAGUCAUGAACCUGGAGCCUCAGAGACAAAAGACAAGUUUGCUGUUUCUGUGGACAAACAGACGUCCCAGUGUCCUCUGUGUCAGGACGUCCUGAAGGAUCCGGUCUCCACCAGCUGUGGUCACUGGUUCUGCAGACGCUGCAUCUCCUCAUACUGGGACCAGUUUGGUCCACCAGGACAAUCCUGCUGUCCCCAGUGUGUAAAAAGUCCCAGGACAGGACAUGGACCACAGAAUGUUGGUCUGCAGGAGGUUCUAGAUGAACAUAAGAUCAGUCUGAAGAGGAGAUUUGAACAUGUGACUGAAGGAACUAAUGGAAGAGGAAGUAGAACCCUCCUGAACCGGAUCUUCACUGAGCUCUACAUCACAGAGGGACAGAGUGAAGAGGUCAAUACUGAACAUGAGGUGAUGCAGCUGGAGACGACCUCCAAGAAGAAGAUGGUCCAGGACACUCCCAUCAAGUGCUGCGACAUCUUUAAAGCCUUACCUGACCAGCAGGGGAGCAUCAGAGUGGUCCUGACUAACGGCGUUGCUGGUGUUGGAAAAACCUUCUCGGUGCAGAAGUUCACUCUGGACUGGGCCGAGGGUUUGGAAAACCAGGACGUGAAUCUGCUGAUUCUGCUUUCGUUCAGGGAGCUGAACCUGAUCAGAGAUGAGCAGCACAGUCUUCUCACACUGCUCCAUGUUUUCCAUCCAACAUUACAGAAGGUCAGAGCAGAGAAGCUCGCUGUCUGUAAACCUUUGUUCAUCUUUGACGGCCUGGAUGAAAGCAGACUCUCACUGGACUUCAGCAGUAGGACGCUGGUUUGUGACGUCACACACAGGUCUUCAGUCAACGUGCUGUUGACCAACCUCAUCCAGGGGACUCUGCUUCCCUCGGCUCUCAUCUGGAUAACUUCUCGACCUGCAGCGGCCAAUCAGAUCCCUCCUACAUGUGUUGACAGGGUAACAGAAGUACGAGGCUUCACUGACGACCAGAAGGAUGAGUACUUCAGGAAGAGAUCCAGAGAUGAAGAGCUGUCCAGCAGAAUCAUCUCACACAUCAAGACGUCCAGGAGCCUCCAAAUCAUGUGUCAAAUCCCAGUCUUCUGCUGGAUCAGUGCUACAGUUCUGGAGCACAUGUUGACCACAGAGCAGAGAGGAGAGCUGCCCAAGACCCUGACAGACCUGUACUCACACUUCCUGCUGGUUCUGACAAAGAGGAAGAAGAACAAGUACAAUAAAGGAUGUAAGAGGAGUCCACAGGAGCUGACGGAGGCCUACAGUGAGGUUCUUCUGAAGCUGGGGAGGUUGGCCUUUGAACAUCUGCAGAAAGGAGACAUCAUGUUCUACCAAGAAGACCUGGAGCGGUGUGGUCUUGAUGUGUUAGAGGCCUUGGUGUACUCAGGAGUUUGUACAGAGAUCUUCAGAAGAGAGAGCGUGAUCUUCCAGAAAACAGUCUACUGCUUUGUUCACCUGAGCGUACAGGAGUUUCUUGCUGCAGUCUACAUGUUCCACUGUUUCACCAACAGGAAGACAGAGGUACUGCAGGACUUCUUCAGACAAGAAAACAGAAAUGGUGACUCAAACAGGUUUAGCAGAAUCUUCACACUCGAUGACUUCCUGAAAGAAGCCAUGGAGAAAUCACUUCAAAGUAAAAAUGGUCACCUGGACCUGUUUGUUCGCUUCCUUCAUGGACUCUGUCUGGAGUCCAACCAGAGACUCUUAGGAGGUCUGCUGGGUCAGACUCAGAACAGUAAAAAAAUAAUCAAGAGAGUCUCCAAGAACCUGAAGGAGAUGAACACAACACAAUUGAUCUCACCUGACCGAAGCAUCAACAUCUUCCACUGUCUGACAGAGAUGAAUGACCAAUCAGUGCAGCAGGAGAUCCAAGAGUUCAUGAAGUCAGAGGAUAGAGGACAGGAACUCUCUGAGAUCCAAUGCUCGGCUCUGGCCUACAUACUGCAGAUCUCUGAGGAGGUUCUGGAUGAGUUCAUACUGCACAGGUACAAUACAUCAUCAUCCCAGGGAAAAUUCAGACUGAUUCCAGCUGUGAGGAACUGCAGGAAGGCUGUGUUGAGGAGCUUCAACUUUUCAAGAUUGAACUUUAAUUCUGUGGUCUCGGCUCUGAAGUCCAACUCCCCCCUGAGAGAACUGGACCUGAGCUGGAACGAGCAUCUCCGGGAUUCAGAAGUGAAGCUGCUGUGUUCCAGACUGGAGAGUCCAGAUUGUAGACUGGAGACUCUGAACUUGAGUAUCUGCAGUUUGUCAGAGGUCAGCUGUUCUUCUCUGGCCUCAGUUCUGAAGUCCAACCCCUCCCAUCUCAGAAAUCUGGACCUGAGUGAGAACCAGGAUCUGCAGGAUUCAGGAGUGAUGCUGCUGUGUUCUGGACUGGAGAGUCCACAUUGUAGACUGGAGACUCUGAAGUUGUGGAACUGCAGAUUGUCAGAGAUCAGCUGUCCUUCUCUGGCCUUAGUUCUGGAGUCCAGCUCCUCCCCCCUGAGAGAACUGGACCUGAGUGGGAACGAGGAUCUGCGGGAUUCAGGAGUGAAAGUGCUGUGUUCUGGACUGGAGAGUCCACAUUGUAGACUGAAGACUCUGAAGUUGAGGGGCUGCAGAUUGUCAGAGAUCAGCUGUUCUUCUCUGGUCUCAGUUCUGAAGUCUAACUCCUCCCACCUGAGAAACCUGGACCUGAGCUGGAACUAUGGUCUGCAGCAUUCAGGAGUGGAGCUGCUGUGUUCUGGACUGGAGAGUCCACAUUGUAGACUGGAGGCUCUGAUGUUGAGUUUCUGCAGAUUGUCGGAGAUCAGCUGUUCUUCUCUGGCCUCAGUUCUGGAGUCCAACUCCUCCCCCCUGAGAGAACUGGACCUGAGUGGGAACAAGGACCUGCAGGAUUCAGGAGUGAAGCUGCUGUGUUCUGGACUGGAGAGUCCACAUUGUAGACUGGAGGCUCUGAAGUUGAGUUUCUGCAGAUUGUCAGAGAUCAGCUGUUCUUCUCUGGCCUCAGUUCUAAAGUCCAACUCCUCCCCCCUGAGAGAACUGGACCUGAGUGGGAACGAGGACCUGCAGGAUUCAGGAGUGAAGCUGCUGUGUUCUGGACUGGAGAGUCCACAUUGUAGACUGGAGACUCUGACGUUGAGGGGCUGCAGUUUGACAGAGAUCAGCUGUUCUUCUCUGGCCUCAGUUCUGAAGUCCAACUCCUCCCACCUGAGAGACCUGGACCUGAGCUGCAACGAGCUACAGGAUUCAGGAGUGGAGCUGCUGUGUUCUGGACUGGAGAGUCUACAUUGUAGACUGGAGACUCUGACGUUGUGGGGCUGCAAAUUGUCAGAGAUCAGCUGUUCUUCUCUGGCCUCAGCUCUGAAGUCCAACUCCUCCCCCCUGAGAGAACUGGACCUGAGAAACAACUUUUGUCUGCAGCAUUCAGGACUGAAGCCUCUGUCUGAUCUUGUGAAGAGUCCAGACUACCGACUGGAGACUCUGAGGUCGGGGUGGCCUAUGUGAUGAUCUUCACCCCGAGUCCUGCUCUGUGACGCAGCUUCUGAAGGACAACCACAAACGCUGAUGGUGUUUUUCUGUCACCUAUGACAUCACUUUUACUUUUUACAUUUUGGUCCUCCCACUGCUAAAAAGGAGACAAACCCCCAAACACUAAUAAUUAAAGGCCUAUCUCAAAAUGAUGUAUUCUGGUGAAAGUAUUUGAAAAAUUGGUUGAAGGAAUUUUUAGAGUCCAACAACAUUCUAAACUCCCUUCAGUCAGGUUUUAGGAAACAACGCAGCAAGGGGCAGAAUCCUCCUGUGGGUGUAUGUGCUCAUUCCAGCUUCAGAGCUGCUCAUCUUCCCAGUUUAUUUCUGGGUUGUGCGACCCAUAGUCGAUAGAUAUAUGUAUCUAUAUAUCCAUCUCUCUAUCCCUUUACAAUGUUAUAUUUAGUAUUAAGUAUAUUUGUUAUGCAUCUUAAAAAUGUCACCGACAUACUGUAUGAUAAUAAUCAAAGUUGCUGUAAACUGAAAAUACAGUGUCACUUAUAUGUAAUAACACAUUUAAUAUUUCUACAGUGUUAUUGUCCACAAUAUAAAGCUCACAAUCAUUAUUGUUGUUAAUAUUGUCAUCAUUAUGUUAAUAGGGGGCAGGGCUACAUCCAUGCAUUAGUCAUGUGUUUUUUUCCCCCCGAUUUGAAGCCAUCCAUGGCCGGACAGUAAAAUCUUGUGUAGGAAAAUGUGUAAAAGUGCACACUUUGCUAUAACAGCUAAAACAAAUCAUUUCACAAAUGUCACAUGGAAUUACAAUCUAAUGCUCUAAAAACACCUGAAACGGCAACAGGGAGCCUUUUCAAAUCCUCCUGCCCUGGUGCCAGUCUUAAUGUCACAUUAUUAAAUAUUAAACCUUAUUGGAACAA